AAGACGACGCAGAAAAAGAAGAAGAGGGGGGAGGGAUGUUUUGUUGACAGCAACAGUGUUUGUUUAUAAACACGUCUCUUUAACCGUUUAAAUUUCUCUGUUUUUUUAAUUCCAUGGGGUUUUGCCUGUUGCCUUUUUGAUUGUGGCGUUGAACUUCAUGAAGUCAUGUUUUUCGGUUUAACAGUCUAGCGCCAGUGUGAUGUCUGAGCGGGAAGUUUGAAAGUAGUUAGCUGUUAGCCUGCGUGCUAACGGGCUGACGGUCCGCGGACAUGUUGCCUCAGACUCACGCCCCGGAUUUAUCUGCUGGAAGCGGACCGGGCCAGUCUUUUUGUAGCGCUGACACCGGGGACGUUUUAGUCCGAUCCACUCGGGUUCAACUCUGCGACAGGAGACACGAACCUGGACUAGGACCUGAACUGGUCCAGCUAACCGUCCAGAAGCUGCCUGAUCCAUUUCCAGUCCGAUGCCUAAGCACCCGGACAGAGAAUGAGCAGAGGCCGAAGCAACGCCAGGCGCCGGACAAAGGUGCUGUUGUAGCGGAACUUCAGGCCGGAAUCAGACGAGCGCUUCUGAAGAAUCCUGGAGCCAUUAAAGAGAACAGACAGCCACCUACGGAGUUGAGCCCAGACAUGAAGCUCUGUGCUAAGACAGACAGUGGUAGCGACCUGCUGACAUCGUGUUUUGCCACUGGAGGUCGAGGAGAUGUUCUGGCAGCUCUGAGACAGCGAUCUCUCAGUGCUUUGCACAGGAGGGAGGUCAAUGUUCAGCUGUCGGAUCCAAGCAUGCAGGAUGAUGCUGGCCUGAGGAUCAGCCCUCAAGAUGCCCCCCAUCAGGGCACCAGCUCCCAAAGCGCAGUGGGUGUAGCAGCGCUCACCACUGCUCCAGACGCCACACAUGCAGCAGCAGUGGCUGCAGCUACCGCUGUCUGCGCUGCAGCUCCACUGAUCAAGGCUCAGUCAGACAUGGAGACUCGAGUGUCUCAGCUGAUGGACAAAAUUGAGAAGCUGCUACAGGCUGACAGGGACACAGACGGCACCAGAGAGGACUUUAACCAGCAGACACUGAAGCACCUGGAGAGGCUGCACAGCCAGCAGUUGCAGCUGCAGAGCUGGCUGCGGGAGUCAGCGCUCCAGGUAGUUACAGACCAUGCCCCCAUUGCUUCUGUAUCCUCUGAGCUCACGGUUGGAGAUCAACUAGAUCACCUGCACGUCCGAGACACUGCAGUGAACGCUCUCUGUAGAAAGAAGCAGACCACCUCAGCAACCAGAGCUGCAUCCGCCACUGCCAUGGAGACAGGCACAGUUGCCAUGGUGACACCCCAAGGCAACGGAUGGACAGAGCAAACCAGGCAGAGUUGGUCCAAACAGGAGGAGCCCAGUGUUUCCAGGGCAGCAGCCCAUAAAGCUGAAGGACCUGGCCCGCAGCCUGCAGCCAGCAAUGGACGGGAAGUGGAGAGGACAGCCAGCGAGGCGCUGAGGGAGAUGGGUCGACUGAAGGCGCUGCUGACCCCAGAAGACAUGAGGAUGACCUCAGAAAACCUGUGGCCCCAAGAAAGCUGCUCACACCCAGAUCAAAACCAGGCACUCUCACAAAGGCUACAGUCCUGUCAUAGUGUGUUCCAGUUGUGUCAGAACCAAUCCCAACCAAAUCCUGUCCAGCCACAGCUAUCCCAGUACCAUCAACAGCAGCCCAAUCAAAACCACUCUCAACCAGCCCAUCCCCAUUCCAGGAGAUUCCAGUCCCACCAAAGCCCGUUGCAAGAAAUCCAGUCCAAACACAGUGACUCACAGCAGGCUCAGUCCCAGCAGGCCCAAAACCAGUCUGUGCCAGUCCAGAGGAGGCCUUUGGUUCCAUCCACACUGGAGGAGGCAGGUCAGGUUCUCCGUCAGGUUCGGAGACAGAGGAAGGUUCUGGAGGAGAACCUUGAAGCUCUUCUCAGAGCCAACAGGGGAGAGGUCCUGUACUGCCAACUGGAAGCACUGGCUGAUAACAGAGACUGGACCAACAAGGUUCGGAUCAAGAAGACAGUGGAUGCCUGGAUCAGCGCCCUGACCAACGAUACGCAGACUGACCAAUCACAGCGAGGGGCUGCUGUAAACUCCCACCCCCCAGCGAGGAGGAGUCCAAUGAGCACGUCCAGAGGAACAGGCAUCAAGGCGGUGGUGGGACGAGGAGGCAGAGCUCAGACAGAUGUAAGCAAACAGGUGCAGGGGGCGGAGCCUGACCAAGGGACAGGCGUGAUGAAAGGCAAACAGCUGGAAGGGGAGUCGUACCUCACCCGCCUCUAUGGCAGAGCUCCCCAUGAAGGUCUGAGGCGAACCCUGAAGAAGAGUCCGUACCUUCGCUUCAGCUCCCCUGCCUCGGUGCUCGGCGGCAAAGCCCGGCCACGCCUGGUGGAGAGAGUCCAAGGUGUGAAAGUGAAAUCCUGCAAGACUCAGACCAUGGCUCAAUCAGCUGUAGGACAACAACAGCACAGCUUUAGCGCCGCCCACAUGAAGUCUAGUGGAGCUACCGAUGUUCAGUCUGUGCCUGUCGCUGUCCCUCUGGGUCGUCGCAGGGUGGAGGUAUCAUCCAGGAGUCGCCAUGCUCCUCCUUCUACCAGUGUGGUUGCUACGGACAACGGUGCACCUGAGCAACAGUCACAGAACAAGUCAGAUGCAGGUGAAGCUCCUCCGUCACACAGUGUUUACAUCAUUGAGAGGAAGAGCGAGGAAGAGGACGAUGUCUUCCCUGGAAGCGACUUGGAGUCUGUGACACAUGUUCAGGUCGCCAUAGAGCUGGACCCUGAGCCGCCGCCUCCUCCUCCAGUUCUCUACCGGGGACCGCCCUUCCCCCCACAGCCGCUCUCCGCCCUCCCUGCUCCAGAUCCCGUACCUGUUCUGGGCCUGGAUCGGCAGAGGGACGUUCUGGAGAACCGGCUGGUAGAAUGGAUGGAGCAACAGCUGAUGUCCAGGAUGAUCUCGGAGAUGUACACACCCACGGCCUUUGACCCAGUCCACAAUGUUUCCCCUGGGCCGUCAGAAUCUGACGAGCAAGGCGUCGCCUCAGACAUUGUGGAGGCAGCAGGUGGUGCAGGUCUGCAGCUGUUUGUAGACUCCAACAUUGAGGUGGACUCAGCUCUGAUCAGGCAGCUGGUCAGCGAGGUUCUGACAGAGACUGUAUCACUGUUGCUGGGACAAAGGGACUUACGACAUACAGACCCAGAACUAGCACAAGCGGCCGCUCAGGAGAAGAAACUGGUCCUGCUGGUCCCUACUCCAGUACCAACUCCUCCACCCAGUCCAGUGCCAUUUGUCAGAGAGGGCACGCCCCUGACGACACCCCCUCCCUCUGAACCAAUCAGCCAGCUAAACAAUAAACCUCUUCAGCCAGUCACAGCCAGUGAGCACAUCACGCCCACCUCCAGCCCAGAGCCCACCCCUCCUGCUGUCCUUCGGGCUCCUCCCCCUCUCACCUGGGGAAACACUGAGCUGCCCCUGGAUGAGGAGCAGCCAGAGGCACCUCUGGAUACGCUCAGUCCACCUCUGGUCAUGUCAGUAGCAGAAGAGGAGCCUCCCCUUUCCUCCCCUGAUCCUCCUCCUCUGCCAUCUGUUCCUCCUGCUGCCCCCUCACCUCCUCCUGACCCCGGACCACUGUCCCUGUCCGGCUCCUCUGAGGACUCUAGCAGCAGCAGCAGUGCAGUAACUGAAGCUGCACUCAAACACAUCUCAGAGGGAGAACUGCUCAUCAGUGUGAACCUUCAGGCUGCUCUGACAGAAAAUGAAACUGCCUGCAGUUAUUCCAGCUCUAUGCAAGACAUGGACUUUGACCCCCCCAGUGAAGGACAGGUCAAGGGUCAAGACCUGCAGCUGCUGACAAAGAUGGAGCAGCAAUUGUCCCACCAAGGAGAGAGGCCACAGCCCGAGGGAUCUUGGGGGAGGGAGGAGGAGCUGAGUGUGGGGGAGGUGAGAGACAACUGGACUACAGAACCUUCUAGGACUACAAAUCCCAGCAACGGUACAUCAGCUCAGCAGGAUGCGACAACCUCCUCACCCGGACAGACCAGUCAGUGUGCAGAUGUUUCAGAUGUCAGUUUUGAUUCAACCAAUCAGGGCUUGGUUUCCAUGGGCGGCCUGAUGGUGGAGCCAGUCAAUACCCUGACCUUUAACCUCCAGACUGAAUUGUCACUGUCGCCACAUCCUCCUCACCUGUUGAACGCACACACCGCAGCACAGGUUGUUCCCAUCCAGGUGAAACGAAUCAGCAGACGAACGGAGCCAGACCUGCAGCCAGGAGGAACCAGGAAGAUGGAUGUUCACCUGCCCUUCAUCAGAACGGAGCAGGAGGAGUCAGUCAGCAGCGCACAGACAUCCUCUACCAAUGAUGUUUUCUAGAAAGAAAAGCCUGGAGCUGGUCAGAGAUCAAUGAUACAAGUAUUUAGUGUUUUUACAGAAAUAAAAGCUUUUACUCAACCAGGUUUUUGGACCUGAACCUCUGUAAUCUGGGCUUAAAGACUGUGUUGACAUAUUAAAUCUUUGCAACGACA